GGCGAGCGGUUCGGGACAGUCUCUUGCCGCAACUCGACGCGAUCGAAUCGGAUAUAUCCCCGUCUAUAUAUAUUUAAAUAUCGGUAGUAAGGCAGGACCAACAGCAGAGCCAGUCGCAUCGAUGGGCGUCAUCUACAAGAUACUCAAGCAGCAGCGCAGCAUGGAUCUCAGCUUAAGUUCUGCCACAAGGUGCAAGGUGCAGGCGGCCAUCAAGCAGCGCCAGCAGCAGCGUCGCCUCGAGGAUCACCUCGAUCGGGAUCGGAAUCGGAAUGGGGAUCGGGAUCAGGAUCAGCACAGGGAUCACAUGCAGCCCAUCAAGGAGGACCUGGCCGAGCAGCAACUGCAGCAGCUCUGCCGAUUUCUCGCCGAGAAUGCAGCCCGCAAAAAGCGCCAACGCAACAAGCUGCAUUAUCAGUGCAAUCUGACUGAAGACAAUGAUGCCGAUGAGGAUGUCGACCAGGAGCAGGAACCGGAGAAGGAGCACUUUAACCCGCCUCCUCACGAGAUGGACCUGGAGUUCAUCGAGCAGCUGCACCAGUCCUCGCCCGCCACAUCCUCCAAUUCCAUGGGACCGGCGCCACGUGAUAGCAUCCUGCUGAAGAUUCGCCACCAGAUCUUCGAGAGAAAGCGGCAGAGGCAGCGCCAGCUGGCGGAGCUGGUGCAGCAGCGGCUGGUGGUGUGGCGACCUUGGUAGGGACUCCCCUCUUCCCCCGGUGGGGAUUCCCCCCAAAAAGUCGGAGAGAGAGAUCCGGGAACUGAGACUAGUCUAGAUUAAGGGUUAGGCUUAAGGAUGCUUUCUGUAUUAUUCCUUCUGCUGUGUGAUCAUCGCGCUGCUCUUCCAUUUUCCCACACUUCUAUAAAUAAAUUUACUUU